AUGUGGGUAAUCAACAUCAACGACGCCGAUUUGCUCAGGGACAUAUUUGUCAAGGACUUUCACGUAUGGCCACAUCACUUGGACUUUCACCUUGGUGAAGCCAUAGACAUACGGAAACACGUAGGGGCUUUCGCUAUGGACGUGAUCUCCCGGUGCGCGUACGGCAUAGACGUGGAGUCCAUCGCAAACCCUAACCACCCGCUGGUACUCAACGCCCGCAAGAUAUUGAGUGUCGACGCGAGCUUUGGUAUCAUCGUGUCGGGGCUGUUCCCGGCGUUAGGACGGCUAAUAGGCGCCGAACCCUUCGAUAUGAGCGCCUGUCGUUAUUUCGACGACUUGACCAAAAAGAUCAUCGAUGAACGCAAACUACAUAAUAAUCAUAAAAAUAAUAGUAUUUCCAAACGUCGCACAGAUUUCAUACAAUUGAUGAUAGACUCGGAAAAGUCGGACAAAGACUUCGGAUACGACUCUAUCAGUGAUGGCGAACCGGACGACAAAAGCACUGAACAGACAUUUAAAAAGCCAUCAGGGACAUUGUCGAUUGAUGAAAUGGUAGCCCAGGGAAUCCUAUUUUUCAUCGCCGGCUACGAUACUACCAGUGCCGCCCUAACCCACGCCAUAUACUACUUAUCCCAACACCCGGAGUGUCAACAGAAACUGUACGACGAGUUGAAAACAUGCGAUGAGUUUACGUACGAAAAGUUGGUUCACUUGAAGUACUUGAAUGCAGUCAUCAAUGAGACCCUACGACUCGCGCCGUCGUUUUUACGAUUAUUUCGGGUAUGUGUUGAGGACUACCCCCUCGGAAAUACAGGUAUUACAAUACCAGCCGGUACUUUUAUGACUGUUAGUACCUACACAUUGCACCGGGAUCCUAAAUAUUGGGACAACCCUACUGACUUCCUACCUGAACGUUGGAUUCAACCUAAACACCAUCCCUACGCCUAUAUGCCAUUUGGUGGUGGACCUAGGUUAUGCAUUGGACAACGGUAUCUCAAACGAUACUACUCAUACUGGGCCAGACAUGGAGUACCAGGACCAAACUAUGUUGAUUUACGUCAGGUUAUGCAACCAGUACAUGAAGUAGAUGCGGGGUAUCAACAAAAAUAUGGCCGCAUAUUUGGCAUGUACACUUUCACGCAAAAAAUAAUCAACAUCAACGACGCCGAUUUGCUCAGGGACAUAUUUGUCAAGGACUUUCACAUAUGGCCAAAUCACUUGGACUUUCACCUUGGUACGUCUAAACUGGAUAAGAGUCUGUUUUUUAUGCCCGGGAAUGACGACUGGAAACGGCAGCGCUCUAUACUGUCGCCGGUGUUCACUUCGGGUAAACUGCGGGCAAUGAUGGCUCACAUAUCGCACAUUUCCGACAGAUUUAUACAAAGUUUGUCUCAACACGAAGUAUCAGGUGAAGCCAUAGACAUACGGAAACACGUAGGGGCUUUCGCUAUGGACGUGAUCUCCCGGUGCGCGUACGGCAUAGACGUGGAGUCCAUCGCAAACCCUAACCACCCGCUGGUACUCAACGCCCGCAAGAUAUUGAGUGUCGACGCGAGCUUUGGUAUCAUCGUGUCGGGGCUGUUCCCGGCGUUAGGACGGCUAAUAGGCGCCGAACCCUUCGAUAUGAGCGCCUGUCGUUAUUUCGACGACUUGACCAAAAAGAUCAUCGAUGAACGCAAACUACAUAAUAAUCAUAAAAAUAAUAGUAUUUCCAAACGUCGCACAGAUUUCAUACAAUUGAUGAUAGACUCGGAAAAGUCGGACAAAGACUUCGGAUACGACUCUAUCAGUGAUGGCGAACCGGACGACAAAAGCACUGAACAGACAUUUAAAAAGCCAUCAGGGACAUUGUCGAUUGAUGAAAUGGUAGCCCAGGGAAUCCUAUUUUUCAUCGCCGGCUACGAUACUACCAGUGCCGCCCUAACCCACGCCAUAUACUACUUAUCCCAACACCCGGAGUGUCAACAGAAACUGUACGACGAGUUGAAAACAUGCGAUGAGUUUACGUACGAAAAGUUGGUUCACUUGAAGUACUUGAAUGCAGUCAUCAAUGAGACCCUACGACUCGCGCCGUCGUUUUUACGAUUAUUUCGGGUAUGUGUUGAGGACUACCCCCUCGGAAAUACAGGU